AUGGAUGUCCAGGGGCAACCACUGAUGGUCCAAGUAAGCGGGGGGCAACUGAUCACAUCCACUGGGCAACCCAUCAUGGUGCAGGCUGUGCCUGGAGGGCAGGGCCAGACAAUCAUGCAAGUCCCAGUUUCUGGAACCCAGGGGCUGCAGCAGAUUCAGUUGGUCCAGCCAGGUCAGAUUCAGAUUCAAGGUGGGCAGGCUGUGCAGGUACAGGGGCAGCAGGGCCAGACCCAGCAGAUCAUUAUACAGCAGCCACAGACUGCAGUUACUGCUGGCCAGACACAGACCCAGCAACAAAUAGCAGUUCAAGGACAGCAGGUAGCACAAGCAGCUGAAGGCCAGACCAUAGUUUAUCAGCCAGUUAAUGCUGAUGGAACUAUUCUCCAACAAGGCAUGAUCACCAUUCCAGCAGCCAGUUUGGCUGGGGCACAAAUUGUCCAAACAGGAGCCAACACCAACACAACCAGUAGUGGACAAGGGACUGUCACAGUGACACUGCCAGUAGCUGGAAAUGUUGUCAAUUCAGGUGGAAUGGUUAUGAUGGUACCUGGAGCUGGGUCAGUACCAGCCAUCCAGAGAAUCCCUUUGCCUGGAGCAGAAAUGCUGGAAGAAGAACCCCUCUAUGUAAAUGCCAAGCAGUAUCACCGGAUCCUUAAGAGGAGGCAGGCACGUGCUAAGCUUGAAGCAGAGGGAAAAAUUCCCAAAGAAAGAAGGAAAUAUUUGCAUGAGUCCCGGCACCGCCACGCCAUGGCCAGGAAGCGGGGAGAAGGGGGCAGGUUCUUCUCCCCAAAGGAAAAAGACAGCCCUCAUAUGCAAGAUCCAACUCAGGCCAACGAAGAAGCGAUGACACAGAUGAUCCGAGUCUCCUAACUCCUGCUUCAGGAAAUAACUGAACAGAAUUCCUGUCUCUCCUCCAAGUCUGCCCUCCCUUUCCAGUCUAUCAAGCAAGUCUUUCAGUGGGACAAUCACCAUUUCCCAGCCUCUCCUUUUCUACAGACCAAGCACCACGUUUGCAGUCCGUGGUCGAGAUUUUGCCUCAACAAAUAGGAACUUGAUGACUUUCUUGGGACACUCUUCUGCUCCAGCACAGGGAUUUCAGAGUCUUGACUGCUCAUGCCUUUUUUUAAUUAUUUUUUUCUUCUUUUAACCCUUAAGAUUGGCCAUGGGUGAGCUCAGCAAUAACUGAGAUGCUGAAAUGGGGCAAGCAAAAACUUUUUGGAGUGGCAGCCCUUCUGUUCACCAACUUCAUCCAGUUUAUAGUAACCAGCACUGAUGUGGCUACAACACAGUACUUGGUUUCCCCAGCAGUGACUUGGGUUUUUUUUUACACCUUACACCUUUGGACUUCAUGGUCAACUGAACUGUUUCCUGGUGUUUCAUCAGCACUUAUGAAACUGGCAGAAACACAAGGAGGGGUCUCUUAAAUUCCACCUUGUAAACUAUAUAAACAACAAGCUCUUCUCUGGGAAAAGUUCAGCCAUCCAGUCACAAUGGUAGGAGUAUUUCAAGAGUAUUACAGGACUGGAUAUCUUGCAUAUCUAUUCCAAGAAAUAAGAGGGGAGAGGGUGAUGUGGGAAUAAGGAUUUAAUUGUUACAAUGCAAUCUCUUGGUAUUUUUUAGUAUUUUAGUUUAUUGCCAGUAGUUGUUGCCUUGGCAGCAAAGUGGAUGCUAGUAUAAAAAGAAUUAAAACUUUAAAGUGAGUCUUUCCCAAAGAUUUAUUUUUAUUUUUUAAAUCUUCCUUCUAACUUUCCAGACCAGUUUGUGGCUUCUCUGAAAGACAGAAAAUUGCAAUCUCAGAAUAGUAGCACUUGGACCAUCUUUGUGAUGGAGCUUUUGAGUUUUGUUUUAAGUUAAGUUUUACAAUUCUCUCAUUCUGUACAUAGCAAGGGUUGUUUCCUGACAGCAGAAAGACAAAGCAACCACUCAGCUCAUCCUGAUAUAACUGAAGGACUGUUAAACAGAUGAAGACAGGUAUUGAUGAACCUUCCAGACUUUUUAUAGACUUAAAUUAAAAAAAAAUGGCAAUGAAGAAGGAGUACUAACACUUUAAAAAAAGGAUUUUUUCCUGAGCUAUAUCUGGCUCUGGCUGAGUCUUGUGACAAACAUUAUGACAAAACAUAUCUUGAAUUCUGUAGCUCACUGCAGGUUUUAAGCUUGCUCCAUUAUUUCUAAUUUGAAAUAUGGUGAUGGAAGCUGUAGUUCCUAAGCAGGUAAACAAGGUUGCAUCUUUCCAUGCCUGUCUCUUCCUAUCUUCAAUGAGUUUUGCAGGUGCUCUGUGUUACCACACCUGUGUGCUGUAGUCCCUUUUCUUUCAGUUUUUGUGUUCUGCAAAACAUAAAACUACAUCCCAGCAGGGAAGUGUGGGCUUGGAAAUAUUGGAGGCAUUGUCAGGGAGGUGAUGAUAAACCUGAGUAGGUAAAGGAGCAGAGGUUGGGGUGGUUUUGAGGACAGCAGGCAAGGACAGGAGAGACUGGUUUGAAGUCAGUGAAUUCUGUUUUCCAGUGACAAAAAAAAAAAGAGUAAAUUAAACUUGAAAAAACCCAAAUUAUCCCCAUACUGUGUUUUGAAAGCUUAGGACUAAAUGGAAAGUGGAGGGCAGGUGAAGAAGUUGUAUUAAACUAGGAGGAUGCAAAAGAAAAAGCCUUGAAAAUUCAGUUUACUUUUUGGAUGAGAGAAAACUCCUGGAUCUAAGAGGAUGGGAAGAGGGGAAGGAAAGAAUGCAAGGGGAGGGAGCAGAAAUGUAGAGAAGUGUUAAGUGCUGUGAGUCCUGGAAUUUGGGUGGAUUCUGUGGAUGGCAAUGUUCAGGUCAGUCACCUGGGGAGAUGCAGAGGCAGGGAAAGAAAAAAGGAAAACUGCAGCUUUGAUGCUUGCACUCAGGCAGCUGGAAUUUCUACAUGGAAUUCAGUUCAUUUUUUUUUUUAAUUCCAUGUUCUUACCCUUCUGCCAGCUGACCUGGGGAACUGAAGCUGAGAAAACCUGUUCAGCACAGAGGGAGGAGGUGGCUUCAUUCCUGCAGAUAAAUCUUCCUUUGAGUUUGUCCUAAGUUGCAUCAGUUAUCUCAUGCUCUGCUCACAGAUCUUCCUUCAGGAUUUCUUUUCUCACUGCUUCCAAAGGCAUUUGUUCCCCUCUCUUGCAUUGAUGGCAUCUUUGGUGCCUUUGGUUGCUUCUGCCUUAAAAUCCUUGGCCAAUUAGAGCAUGGUGCUUAUAUUUUUUGUUUUUCAGUUGGUGGCUGUGAAGUCCUCACUAAAACCAUUUCUUGUGAGGUGACUCCUUUCAGGAAAUAUGGAGCUCUUUUGGUGAAGGAAUAACAACAACAAAAAAAAAAGGAUUUUGUUGAAUUUGCAGCAUUGUUGUGGAUAGUUUGGGUACAUUUAGACAGUGGAGUUUUCAUGGGUGGGAGAAUUAUUUGUGUGCUGGAAUGAGAGCCUCCCCAGAAUGUUUCUGCCCUUCAACUUUUGGCUGAUCUCUCCUGGAGAACCCCCUCUGAGUGUUGGAAGUUAAAAAAGCAAGAAUAUGGACAGAGGUGUUUUUUGUUUUGUUUUUUAAUGAAUAAUUCCUUCUUUUCUUAAGAAACUUGUAAACAUCUUCCAAGCAGCUUUUUUCCCCCCAAUAAGGCCUUCAUCUAUAGGUUCUCUGAUCAGCUGUAGAAAGUGAAUUAAGACCUAUGGAUUUGUGUUAUAUAGGAAGUCUUACUGUUAAUACUUUAGUGAUGUGAAAGCCUGAGUGCUAGUGUCAUAUUUUUAUUUUUUUUUUUUUUAUUCAUUUGCUCUGGGUUAGGUGUCUUCACUUCUAAAAAGCAGUGUUUGCUUCUUGAGAUUGGAGUAAUCAGCACC